GGUCGGACGAAGCGUUCAGUUGGCGGGAUGACCAAUCAAUAUCCGUGCGGCCACGUCUUGCCAUAAAAGAUAAGACUGGCGUUCACGAGAAACCUUUCACCAACCUCUUCUUCUCUACCUCCAUUUUCUCCGCUGUGCCUGCCUCCACUCGUACGCCUCUGACGAAGUUAUGGCCACCGCAACCGAAAAAGAUGUCGCGAGGGACUCGCUUCACACCUCUUGUGAGCCAACCUCUACUACCGACGAAGCCGGGAGCGUGGAGUCUGCCGGAUUCGACGCGAAGUCCACUCGCCGCCUCGUCCGCAAGAUCGACUUCUUCCUGAUUCCCUUCCUCUCCCUUCUAUACCUGAUGAGCUUUCUCGACCGCAGCAACGUCGGCAAUGCUCGUUUGGCUGGGCUACCGGGGGAUCUGGGGCUGAAGGGGCUUGACUUCAAUUGUGCGGUCGCCAUCUUUUUUCCCUUUUACGUCUUUGCCGAGAUCCCGUCCAAUCUGAUGAUGAAGCGCUUCCGUCCAUCAAUCUGGAUCCCCAGCAUCAUGGUUGCAUGGGGCGUUAUGUGCUGUCUAAUGGGUGUGGUGCACAACUAUGCUGGACUGCUUGCCAUUCGCGCGGCUCUUGGUCUAGCUGAGGGUGGACUCUUCCCUGGAAUCACUUUUUAUAUUACGCAGUGGUACCAACGUCAUGAAUGCGGCUUCCGGAUGGCUAUCUUCUUCUCGGCUGCCACUGCUGCAGGUGCGUUUGGCGGCCUGCUCGCCCGAGCAAUCAUGGAGCUCAAAGGCGCACGCGGACUCAAUGCCUGGUCAUGGAUCUUCAUCAUCGAGGGCGCAAUAACUGUCGCAAUUGCACUGUCGGCAUAUUUCCUCAUGCAUGACUACCCGAAGACGGCGAGGUUCCUGACGGAUGCAGAGAGACGCGAGGUGGGGCGACGUCUCGAAACCGACCAAUCGUUCCUGGACGACAAGUUUAACCUGAAGUACUUCAAGGAUGCAGCCAAGGACUGGAAGAUCUGGGUACACAUGCUCAUUACCAUCGGCAUCUUCUCUCCUCUUUACUCGUUCUCCCUCUUCCUGCCGACUAUUAUCAGUGCCCUGGGACACAAGGACAAGACGGCCCAAUUGAUGACCGUGCCUCCUUAUAUCGCGGCCUGCUUUUUCUGCAUCGCGGCCGGUUGGAUGGCAGAUAAGCACGGCCAGCGGGGGAUCUACUUGAUCUCCUGCAAUCUAUUGGCAAUCAUAGGCUUCACCAUUCAACUCGCCACCACCCACGCCAAACACAAGUACCUCGGGACCUUCUUCGCAGCCGCCGGCAUCUACCCCAACGUCCCGCAGAUCGUCGCCUGGAACGGGAACAACAUCGGCGGCUCGACCAAGCGCUCCGUCGGCAUCGCGAUGCAGGUCGGCUUCGGUAACUUGGGCGGCGUGCUCUCCGGCUUCACGUAUCUCGAGAGGGAUGCGCCGCUGUACCACAUAGGCCAUUCCAUUUGUAUUGGCUUGUUGUCAACGAGCACGCUUCUUUGCUUGUUCAUGCGGUGGUGGUGUAAGAAGGAGAAUAAGAGGAGGGAUGCGGUUGAUCAUGCUAAUGGAAGGGUUGGGGGCUGGUCAACGAGUGAUAUGCAGGCUGAGAGUGGGAAUGGGGACUAUGCCGGCUUCUUUAGGUACACGGUCUAAGGGGGAGUGAGUGAGUGGGUUGUACCAUUUUCUUUCUCAUAGA